AUGGCGGAGGCAUAUGUCAUCACUGCAUCUGAGCUGCACCGCAUCAAGAAUGCUAUUGGCUUGACAAGCGAUGUCGCUGCAGAUUCGAGUACCGAUGCCACCCAGAUGCCUGCCAAGACGCGGGCGCAGCUGCUCCAUGAGAAGUCGCAGGCUCGGGCAAAGACUUGGAGCAACACCUUGGAAGGUAGCCGGCGGAAGAAGGCCGAGGAGAAAAGGAAGAAGCUAGAGCUGGAAGAACUAGAAAGACAAAAGGUAGACGCUGAAGAGGCCAAGAUCCAACUGGAUCAAAGGCGAGCGACUAUCGACCGUGCGAACAAGCUCCUCUACGAAGAGUCUGAUCGCAUGAAGUCUUUCCAUAGCAAGAUGAUGCACUGCGAUGUCAUUGCAGAAAGAGAGGCGCAGAUCUCGCUUAAAGGGGAGCUCAAGAAGCUCGAGCAGAUUCGCGACGAUCGCUUUCUCGAGAUGGAGAAGCAGAACUAUCGCAAGAUGUUGGAGCGCGAGAUGAAGGAGCGAGAGACAAAGGAAGAGCUCUCCAAAAUUGCGGCAAAGGCCCAAAAGGAGCAGCUUGCUGAGUACAAGGAGAAGCGCUUCCAGGAGGUCGAGGAUGCCAUGCUCGAAGGAGAGCUGCUACGCCGCAAGGCCAUCGAGGAUUUGGAGGCCGAGCGUGCAGCUGAGAAGAAACGCCGCGAGAUGGCGAUCAAGGCCCAGAAGGAGACGCAGAAAGCGAAUGUGUACCUCAAGCAGAUCAAGGCAGAAGACAUGCUCCGUCAGCAGAAGGAGGAAGAGAAGAUACAGGAGUAUGCAGCGCGCAAGGAAAAGAUGCUGCAGCUUCGGAAGCAGAAGGAAGAAGAGGUGUUUCAGCAGAAGCAGGCCGCGCGGAAUGCCAUGAUCGAUGCACAGGCCAAGCGGUUGGCUGAGAUGCAGAACAGCGAAGAUGCCCGGGUGGAAGGGCAGGUCAAGCAGAAGGAGGCUGCGGAUGAGAAGAAGCGGCUCGAUAAGCUAGAGAUGAUGAGAAGGUGGGGGGAAGACAUUCAAAACAGCCGGCAGGCGCAGAUCGAGCGCAAGCAGAACACGCGCGCUCGAGAAAAGGCCGAAGAUGCCGAGACUGCCAAGUUCUUGUCGGAGUGGUGCAAGGUGCUCGACAAGCAGGAGCAGGAGGAGAAUAUCCUCAAGGAUGCAGCAGCCCGCAAGCUGGCUCAGGAGCACCUGAAGCAGGUUGAGAUAUCGCGGCGGAAGAAAUUCGAGGAGAAACACUCUGACAAAGGUGUGGCGGAGCAUGCCAACAAGGUCAUGGAGGCAGACACGCUCGAGUUUCAUGCCUAUGCAGAGAAAAUCAUCCGGGACUAUUCCGCGGAGGGCAAAAAUGUCAUCCCCCUCAUCAAGGAGCUUCGAGAUUUUCGGAAGCGGGUGCAGGAGUGA